AUGGAGCCCGACUUUGGAGAGGAGCUUUCAAAAACAGCGGCACUGCUCUUUACGAUUAUAGUGAUUAUUUUACUAGUACUAGGAGUACCAUCAAAUACAUUGGUUCUUUGGACUCUCCUAAAAAUCAAACGUCUUCGACGAAAUCAAAAUUUUUUCGUAGGAAAUUUAGCGGUUUCUGAUUUUCUUAUUACAGCGUACCUGCUUCCUUUUAACCUGUUCUUUCUUCUCAACAAAGAUGCUGAGAUUCCCAGUGUGCUCUGUGAUAUGAAUGGAGUAUUUACACGACUUCUGUUCACCUCAUCUGUAUUUUCCGUGACAAUGAUAGCCAUGCAUCGUUACAUCAAAAUUUGUCACUAUACCUUUUACCCUCGAAUAUACACAAGGAAAACUGUUUUAGUGAUCAUUGGAGGCAUAUGGGUGAUUGGUCUUCUAUUCGCUAUGCCGUUUAUCUGGAUUGACCAUUCUCUUAUCUAUGAUCCAACAUUGCAAAUGUGUAUUUAUAACAGAUACGCCAGCAAACCUUCCUCCACCGCAUACUUCGUUAUAUGUCUAUAUGCUCCUGUCACUGUAACGAUUGUAUGUUACUAUAAGAUUAAUGCUCAUGUAAGAAAACACAAAAAUAAUCUUUCAGCCUGGAACAGCGGAUUUGGGCAUUCAAGAUUUAGGAACGACGUUCGUUCGACGAAAAUGACAUUUGUUGUUUUUGUAGUUUAUCUCGCAUUGUAUAGCCUAUUUGGGGUACUAGCUACAAUUUUGUAUAAACAUUCACAAGUCUCGGCUGAGGUUCACGCCACCUCUAUAUACAUGGCGUACGCAAACAGUUGUGUGAACGCUUACAUUUACGGCUUCCUGAAUAGAGACGUUUACAGGGCGUAUAAGGAAGCGCUAUGUUGUCGAAAGACAAGAAAAAUUCUGCACAGACAUGCCGUGGAACUUCAUAGGACAACUCAAACACCAAGCAUAAAAGCCCAGACCGCUUCCUCCUCCAUUAGUCAAUUCUUAGUGCUGUGA